UGAAUACUUUCCUAAGGCACUGUACCGUAUAUCUGGUUUAAGUAUCAGAUUUUUUGGGAGUGGCGGCAACGAUUUAUAAAUAUGGGUAAACACUGCACGCACACACACAUGCACAAGACACAAACAACACUCACCCACACAAGCAUCCAAUGUGUGAAACAAACAGAGGCAUACAUUGCUGCCCCCCCAGAAUCCCGCCCCUGUCGUAAUGGGGGUGUGUGUGUCUCUUUGACCUCUGACCUUGCUGGGUUCCGCUGCCUCUGCCCCCCCUAUACCACCGGGACAUACUGUGAAACACAGCUAACACAGGUCAGCACAACAUUUGACAGGCUUGAGGUGGGUCAGAACUCUGACAGGUUUGGACACCACUUUCUAGAGUUUUGUGUUUUCUAGAGUUGUGUGUGUUGUAGAGUUUUCCUGUGUCCUGCAGAGCUGUGUGUUUUCUAGAGUUGUGUGUGUCGUAGAGUUUUCUUGUGUCCUGCAGAGCUGUGUGUUUUCUAGAGAUGUGUGUGAGUACUGUAGAGCAGCGAUUCACAACUUUUUCCUUUCCGGGGAAAUCACUGUCAAAAGCUCUUGAGGACCACCAUUAACAGUCACAAUUUUUAUUUAACAUAAAAUAUCUUAGCGGUCAAAUUUAGAGUACAUUUUUACAGCGAAUGUAACAGAUUAAACAUGACCCCGCUAAGCCACCCUGCUUCUUGACAGACUGCUUGCUUAACCCGGAAGCCAGCCGCACCAAUCUGUCGUACAGCUGGCGACCAAAGUUAUUAUUUUUGGAAGAAAAACAAAUUAAAACAAUUGAGGCCCACCUACAGUACCUCCACAUACCACAAGUUAAAAACCACUGCUGUAGAGCUGUGUUUUCUAGAGUUUUGCUUUGCUGUAGAAUUGCAUGCUGAGUAGUUAGUUUUGUAGAUUUUUCCUGAGAUGUAAAUAGCGUGUAGUGAUCUGCUUUGGGGUAGUGCUGUGUUGGUAAACAAUCUGGGUUGAGUUUCCCAAAGCCUUCAUAGCUAAAGUUGUACUUUUCUCUCAAGGACUGAGACCCAAAUUACUCUGAAAGUCGAUUUAUGGUCAAUCCGAGAUCUGCAGUGGCCAUAUAGCAUUUACAGCAAUGCUGCCUCUGCAGAAGUCAGAACCUUCAUACUUCUUGCGCUUCGGGGAGCUGUCAUACGCAUCCAAUAAAUUGGUCUGCACCACACCACUCGUAGUGAUUCAGAUAUAAUCUCUUUAGCCAUCCAGCUAAUUACGAGCAACUGCCUAAACGAAAAGACAAAACAUUACCUCUUCUGAGAUGUUGGAGUCCGUUUCCCAGUGCUUGACAUAGGAGCUCAGCCAAGAUAGCAUGAGGGUAAAAGGCUAAACAGUUUUCCCACCUGCAUCUCCAUCCCGAAUUGCCCCCCAGCAAAAAAUAGCAGAUUUAGGCUAUUGUUUAUAUGUGUAUUUCACACUAUGUUGAGGUAACAAUCAGAGUAUAAUGCUUGAGUGUAUGUCAACCCCAACACAUGUUCAUGUCAUCGUUAUCAAUCAACUGCAUUACUGUUAAAACCGACUUUGACUGCCACCACCACUUUUUACAAACCUGAAAAGGGACUUCUAAAUGUUAUGCAGUGAAAACAGCCAAAUAUAUCCAAAUGGGAUUUUGGUAACCAUAUACUGGGCCUGUUACAAUAUAUCAAUCAUGACGGAUUUGACAAAUAUCCACUUUGUUAGAUCAGAUUUGUUGAACGUGUGCCAAUCCAGCAUCCUUCUAUCCCCCACUAUCUGCUCUCCAUUGACCUCUUUACUGCAUCUAUCCCAUUAUCUCCCCGAUCUCUUUCCAGGCAUUCAAACUCAUGUUGGUGUCUUUUAAAUCCCUACACGAGGUAUCAUUAAGAUGUAUUUUAUUUGUGAACUUGUUCUUAACAGUGGUGAGAGGAGGACGGCUCAUAAUAAUGUCUGGAACAGUGUGAAUGGAAUGGCAUUAAAGACAUGGAAACCAUGUGUUUGAUACAAUUCCACUGAUUCCACUCCAGCCAUUACCAGGGGCCUGUUCUCCCAAUUAAGGUGCCACUAACCUCCUGUGGUUCUGAUAGCCUUUCAUAAAAGUUCUCCAUGUUUGUUGUCAAUGAAGUUGUCAAGGAAGUGAGUUUGUGUUUAUACAGGACGUACCACCCCCACCAACCAUCAACCAAUCAUUUCAAUGCGGCGCUAUACGGAGCUAUGCAGGGUCCGCCGCAUUGUUGCUAAAUUUGGGAGGUGCACGGUGUCACCGUAUGGAGCUCGAUUUGGCCUCUGUAAUCCUCUGGAGGCUUAGCAAUUGCAAUCACACCCGCCGUACGGAAACCUCCUGACCGCAUUGCUGGAUCAAGUACAAAUCGUCUUUUAAACAAAGUGCUUCAUUCAUUGUCAGAAAUACAUUUCUCAAUAAGUUACUCUCUCAGGCCUGGUGCGGCUAGGUUGUUGAGAGAAAAACUCCACUUUAUCUACGAGGUUUUCUGGAAACUCGCACUGCUUUGUAGUACUUAAUGCCUAACAUGAGACUAGCAUUGUCCUGAUGUUUGAUGGAGAAUGCUCCACUGAGUUAGGGAGGGUUAAAGGGGCUGUGUGUGUGUGUGUGUGUGUGUGUGUAGGCAUGUUGGCAGCCCCGUCCAGAGGGCAGCUGUAGAGGUCAGAGUUUGCCUCAGCGUCGCUGGUCCUUCAGCCCCGCCCAUGGCCGCUGUGACCACUUCCUGUUCUGCACAGGAAACAGCAACAACAACUUCCUCUCCCUCGAGGCCUGCCAGGAGCAGUGCAUGAUGGGAGCCUGCUGCUUCCGCCUGCCCAAACCGAGCCCUCUCAUUGGCUACGACAGCCAGGGCAACGGUCGCCAUGGAUACAACACAACCUCCAACCAGGAGCAGAGUGGAAGGGGCCAAAAGAUGGAAGAGGCAUGGUUUGGAGAAAUAACUGACAAGAGGACAUUGGAGGAGGACGGAUCUAAUCACUUUGGUUACCAGUGGUUCAACCUGACCAGGCCAAACCAGCAGAGAGAAAGAAAGGAGGAGAGAGGGAGAGAGAAAAAUGCUAGUGGGUUUGACGGGACAGAUGCUGAUUUCAUCUACAGCUGUGAGUACCUGUCUGUGUCAGCCUGUCAGGCCAGGGUCAGGGACCUGCAGGGAGAGGGAGAGGCUGUGAGUUUCUCCCCCGGCCAGCGCUGCUCUGAGGUGGGUUGCGUCCACACCUGUGGCUGCCUCUACCAUAGCCUGCCACGGAGCUACGGGGAGAGGUUCAGGCAUGGCUGUGAAGAGUGUUUGUGUGAUCAAAGCGGAGCGGUGCAGUGUGGGUGUAGUCAACUGACACAGCGGAAGGAGAUAAGAGACCUGACCCUGAAAGAGAGGCGCCAGUACCAACGAGCCAUCAGGAGGCUCUACGCACAGCCAGGUGUAUGGGAUGGUUUCACCAAGCUGAGAGCUGAGUUCUCCCCUCAGGCUGGUGGCCACACCUACUUCCUGCCCUGGCAGCGCUACUUCCUGCGGGUGGUGGAGCAGGAGCUCCAGGCUGUGUCGUCAUGCCAACUGGGUGUUCCGUACUUCGAGUGGACGGUCGACUCUGGUGAUCUUUUGACCUCAGCUGUCUGGCAGCCCGAGAUGUUUGGAGGGGACGGAGAGAGAGAGAGGAAUGGCGAGAGGGAAAGGGAUGAAGAGGGGGAUAGAGCGAGUGAGGGGGAUGGAGAGCAAGAGAGCAACUAUGUCUCAGGCUGUGUCCCCCACCACUCCUUCCAGGGCUUGUCUGCACGGUUCCACUGGUCCCCCUGUCUACGACGGAGCUUCAACACCUCGGUGUCUGUGCCUGACGCGGUGAGUGUCCAGAGGCUACUGUCCCAGGGAAACUUUCUGUUGUUCUCCCAGGCUCUGCAGGGGCUGUCUGGGCUAUUUAGGCUCUGGGUGGGGGGCCACAUGGCUUCUCCUCUGGCCGCCUAUGACCCCCUCUACCUCUCACACGCCGCUUUCAUCGACAAGCUCUGGACACACUGGCAGGACAGGCACAGAGACGUGCACACUCAUGAAGAAGCUCAUGGGCACACUCACCUACACACCAAGUACCCGGUGAGGCAGCGUCUCGUCAAGAUGAAGCCGUUCGGUAUUGCUCCUGAUGAUGUGAUGUCUUCACGGGAACAACUGUGUGUGGUAUAUGUACCCAUAACCCUCGGAGCUCCCUGCAAUGUGACAUCAUCACUCCUUGCCGAAAGAGGGAAGGGCCGCCACAGAGGAGCAAAAGACACUGCCAGCUAUCACAGAAAGAGACAAGAUACACAAAACAACCAUAAACACAGCACCUAUGAUUACAAUGCACAAGGCUAUGAUGGCUUUGACCACAGUGGUUACAAUCGCAAUGGAUAUGACAGACAAGGUUUCAACCGCAUGGGCUGGGACCUGCUUGGUUACAGUAAGGAUGGUUUGGACCGUGACCACAUCGACAGAGAGGGCUAUGACAUUUCUGGAUACAACCGCUAUGGGUUUAACCGCCACAAUGUUACAUGGUUUGGGAUGCGCUGGGAUGGAUUGUUUAUGAGGGAGGAGGAGAGAGAAGAGGAGACUCAGGUGGAGAAAGAGAAGGAGAGUGAGGUGAGAGAGGAGAGUAGAGAGGAGGAGGAGAGAGAAAGAGAGAAGGUUAUGUCAGAGCUCUUUAGCGACAGUGGCUACAGUGUUUAUGGUUUCGACCCCUUUGGUUUGGACCGGGGUGGUUUUGAUGCAUUUGGAUUUCGACCAGACGGAUACGAUAAGGACAGCUGUAACUGGUUCUACAACGGACCGCACUACCUACGGUUCUACUACCACACCCAACAGCAGCUAAUUUCAACCAAUCAACACACUCUUAACCACAUUACAAGAACCUGCUCUCCAAUCACAGCCCUGCCUCAGCACUGGCCUUUGCAGGAUUGGAUGGCUCUGGAUCAAGAGGAGAGCCAAGCCCUGAUUGGUCAGCUGGAGCGGGAGUGGGCAGGACAAAAGCAUUCUGAUGACUACUACACCCACAAGGUGAUGUCACAGAGGGGACGGGGCAUUUGGCUGCCAAUCACCCCAGACAGCAGGUUUUGUUUUGAACUACACUGGUUUUCCGGUUGUCCUCUUGGCUCUGCCCCCAUGACCUGCCCUGACCUCUGCCGUGAAGCACGUUGUCUUGGUAACCCGAUGGCUGAGUGUCGUUUGCGGAACUGUGGCUCCUGCUUUACUGAGUGGCUUGACCCAACCACCGGAGCGUACGUCAUCUGCCAGGGCUGGUAACCAGUGCUGACCGGCGCCCAUGUCAUUCAGCGUAGUGGAAGAUGACUAGAAAAUGCUUUUUUAUCAUGAAAAACGAAUGCAGUUCGACAUCAGAGCUUUCAUUACCAAGGCUGGUUACCAAGUCUGGAGAUAGGACACUUUUCUCUUUCUGGAAUACACUUUGAUGAUGGGUUGGAAUGAAAGUCUGCACACCCUGUAACACUUCCUUUGAAUAUUUAACUGAAGUAGGAGAUAUUUAGACAUUAUGAGGUGUAAUCAAUGUACCACACUGUAUUAGAUAAAGGGAGUGAAUGUU